CGGUCCUCCCACUGGAAGGUGGCGCUGCUGAGCGGCUACUUCACCGCCAGAGGAACCCGGUGUGUGUGUGAGUGAGGAAAUAUCAAACUGAAAGUAGUGGACCUCUUAGCCCUUUGAAAACUACGCAAACUCAGACCUUUUCAUAUAAGGACAACUUCAGUGACGUGACAAAAUGUCUCGUAGAUAUGACUCCCGAACAACCAUAUUUUCUCCUGAGGGACGCUUGUAUCAGGUGGAGUAUGCAAUGGAAGCAAUCGGCCAUGCUGGAACAUGUCUGGGGAUUCUUGCAAAUGAUGGAGUGCUGUUAGCAGCAGAGAGACGCAACAUCCACAAACUGCUUGAUGAGGUUUUCUUCUCUGAGAAAAUCUACAAGCUGAAUGAUGACUUAGCUUGCAGUGUUGCUGGCAUCACAUCGGAUGCUAAUGUACUGACAAAUGAGCUGCGGCUAAUCGCACAGAGAUAUCUAUUGCAGUACCAGGAGCCAAUACCCUGUGAACAGCUGGUGACUGCCCUGUGUGACAUCAAGCAGGCGUACACACAGUUUGGAGGAAAGAGGCCGUUUGGUGUUUCUCUGCUUUACAUGGGCUGGGACAAACACUAUGGCUUCCAGUUAUACCAAAGUGACCCCAGUGGCAACUAUGGAGGCUGGAAGGCAACCUGUAUUGGCAACAACAGUGCUGCUGCAGUUUCCAUGUUGAAGCAGGACUACAAAGAGGGAGAGAUGACUCUGUCCUCUGCUCUGGCUUUGGCUGUCAAAGUCCUCAACAAAACAAUGGAUGUCAGCAAGCUCUCAGCCGAAAAAGUGGAAAUUGCCACCCUGACAAGGGAAGACGGGAAAACAAAAAUUAAAGUGCUGAAACAGAAAGAAGUUGAGGAGCUCAUCAAGCGGCACGAGGCUGAGGAGGCCAAGGCCGAAAAGGACAAAAAGGAGAAGGAGCAGAAGGAGAAGGACAAAUGAGCAAAAUAAUAUUUUUUUUCCCCCCUCAUGUCACCAAAUCCUGUGUUUUGUCUUUUACAUUAAAAGUUUGGAAACCAAUGGA